GCAGGGGUUGCUCUCACACGCUCGGUCUCGUUGAGCGGAGCCCAGCUCGUGCUGCUGGGGUGAUAAUAAUGACUGAGAUUUGACUGCUGAUGAAUAAGGACGGCAAGAUGCUGGCUGUCACCCUGCUGCUGUGUUUCAGCCCAUGCGUUCUCGGACAGCUGGAGGAUUACUCUCACUGGAGCGACUUUGAUUUGGACAUUGCUCCUCGCAGGGUCCCUCGACAAGUGAAGACCCUACUGACCAAGGAAACCAAACCGCACAUUCAGGAGCUUUCCAUCAAGAGCACCAUCAUCUCCCGCUAUGCCUUCACGGCGGUGUCCUGCACCAUGCUCAACAGACACUCGGCCGCCACCGAGGGCGUCUUCCAGUUUCAGAUCCCCUCUUCUGCCUACGUCUCCAACUUCACAAUGAUCAUUGGUGGGCGUGUCUACCAGAGUGAGGUCAAGCCCAAGGAAAAGAAGGUCAAGCAGGACAAGGGGGGCAACACCAAUCCAAAGAACAAAGAAUCGGACAACACAAGUAUUGAGUUGGGGGUGGAGAUGUUCCGCAUGGCGGCCAGCAUUCCCGGGCGCAACCGGGCGGUGUUCCUGCUGACCUACGAGGAGCUGCUCCAGCGCCGUCUUGGUCGCUACGAGCACGUCACCAGUCUGAGGCCGCUGCAGCUGGUGAGCCGGCUCAGCCUGGAGGUCACCGUCGUCGACCACUCGCCGAUCACAUACUUGGAGGUGUUGCCGCUGCGCAGAGGCAAGAGCAACGGGGCCGCCGCUGCGUCAGGGCCUAACACGCCCAGGACACCGGUGAAGCCCGAGCCUCCGGCCGCCACAGCCAUCAAAUGGGACAAGAACCUUUGCAAGAUCACCUUCAGCCCCACCAUUGUCCAGCAGGCCAAGAUCACCACCAAUGGCAUCCUGGGAGACUUUGUGAUCCGCUACGAUGUAGAGAGGGAGAUGGGGAUUGGGGACAUACAGGUUUUGAAUGGGCAUUUUGUUCACUACUUCGCUCCCAAAGACCUGCCAGUGGUGCCUAAGAACGUGGUGUUUGUGAUCGACACCAGCGCCUCCAUGCUGGGAACUAAGAUCAGACAGACUAAGGAUGCUCUGUUCACCAUUCUGAGGGACCUGCGUCCUGAGGACCACUUCAACUUCAUCAGCUUCUCCAGCAAGGUCAAAGUGUGGCAGCCCAGCCGCCUCGUCCCUGUAACACCCCUCAACGUCCGGGACGCCAAGAAGUUCAUCUACAUGCUCACGCCCACCGGAGCUACCAACAUUGACGGCGCCAUACAGACCGGCUCCAAGUUGCUCAGUGACUACCUCUCCGGCCCGGGCACCAACCAGAACAGCGUGUCCCUCAUCAUUUUCCUGACCGACGGACGGCCCACGGUGGGGGAGACCCACUCGCCCGCCAUCCUGGGGAACACGCGCUCGGCCGUGCAGGAGAAGUUCUGCCUCUUCACCAUCGGCAUGGGGAACGACGUGGACUACAGGCUGCUGGAGCGCAUGGCCCUGGAGAACUGCGGCAUGAUGAGGCGCAUCAACGAGGAGGCCGACGCCAGUGCCAUGCUCAAAGGGUUUUACGAUGAGAUCGGGACUCCCCUGCUGUCAGACAUCAGGAUCAACUACACGGAGGACGCAGUACAGUACGUCACCCAGCACCUCUUCAACAACUACUUCAAUGGCUCGGAGAUCGUCAUUGCAGGGAAGCUGAGCAACCGGAGCGCGGAGUCCCUCCACGUGCAGGUCACCGCCAGCAACAGCGACAAGAGCAUCGUCCUAGAGACCGACGUGCCGCUACGUCAGCGGGAGGCGGAGACAGAGAGGCAUGUGAAGGCGGCUGCAGCUGCGACGGCGAAGGUGGCGGGGCCCAAGCCCGGAGGGUCAGAGGUCGCCCAGGGAUCCGGGGUCACGCCAGGGACGGAGGCGGCGUCGCCGGCGCAGGACUUUGUGGAACGCGUCUGGGGCUUUCUGAGCGUCAAGGAGGGUCUGCGGUCACGCCUUCGCAGUCAGACCAGCAGGGAGCGGGAGGGGCAUGCCCAGCAGGCCACCAACCUCUCCCUCAACUACCACUUCCUCACCCCCCUCACCAACCUGGUGGUGGAGAAGCCGAAGGUGCUGGCCGAUGGCACCAUGGCCCCGACUCCCACCCUCAUGCCAGAGACGGGCGCAGCGGCCCUGUCGGCCAAUAAGCUGCCGGAGGACAUGGAGGGAGACACGCCCACGACCCUGCACAGGAAGCAGCCGGUGGGCCAGGGUUCUAAUCCUGGCAAGACGACAGGUCGCCUUGAAAGGAGGCCGGUCAAGAAAUCCAUCACCAUCUCCAAAACAUCAGCGGACGGUGACCCCCACUUUGUGGUUGAGUUCCCCCUCAGUAAGCUGACGGUGUGCUUCAACAUCAAUGGAGAGCCCGGGCAUGUCCUCCGCCUGGUCUCUGACCACAAGUACUCAGGUGUGACGGUGAACGGUAAGCUGAUUGGGGCCCCGGCACCGCCAGGCAGCCACAAACAGCAGCGGACCUAUUUCAGCACCAUCACCAUCAUGGUGGACCAGCCCAAACGGGCCUACAUCGAGGUGACUCCUAAGAAAGUGAUUCUGGACGGACGUGACCGCAUGGUCCUGCCCUGCGACUCCACGGCGGCGGUGGAGAGCGACGUCUUGUCAGUGGCAGUUGUGGGCAAGUCCAAUGUGACUGUUACCAUAGGAGGGACCAUCAGCUUUGUAAUCCUGGUUCACCAGUACAAGAACCCAGCCCCCUACCAGAGAGACCACCUGGGGUUCUACAUCUCCAACAGCAAGGGGCUGUCCCACAGCUGCCACGGCCUACUGGGUCAGUUCCUGUAUGAGGAAGUGGGUCUGGCAGAGAUCGGGGCCAGUAGCUCAGCACCGGGACAAACCACAACCCUGCCCGUCCUGAAGGUGAAAGGCCGCUCGGUGCCCGUGGUCAAGAAGACCAGGCGCAUCCUGAGCGGCACGCAGAGCGUGGACUGCUGGUUUGCCAGGAACAACGCGGCCAAGCUAAUAGACGGACAGUAUGAAGACUAUGUGACGUCGCACAUGUUCGACACCGGGGACGUGCCACAUGGGACAAAUGAGGCCUGAGAGGACUUGUGACUCGAGCCGUCCUCCUCCUCGUCCGAACUGGGCCACGAGACACGCCCCGCAUCUUCCCAUGCCCCGUUCUCAGGUGUACCUGGACUGAGUAACCACCCACCCAAUACCUUUAAAUAUAUUUUUGUACUAUUUGGUAACAUUUUAUAAUGAGUAGCUGUAAAUAGUGAUUAAUUCAUGAGUAGUAGGACACUUCUCAGCUCUUAUAACACUUGUUCACAUGAGCAGAUGGCUUAAUAAUGUUCAGAACUGUUGUAAUUGUUACACAAUUGUUAAUGAUAGUAUUGAAACUACACAAGAAAUUUAAAAACAAAAUUAGUUUGAAAUUUAGACUUGACAUCUGUAAAUCUAGUUUUCAACCCACUCGUCAGUCUCCGUUUAAUUACAGGGUUGGGUUAAUUUUUAUAACUCUGUAUGACCAACAUGAUCAUCAGAUAGAAGAUUAGAUAUUGAUAUUUGAUGUGAAAUGUUUUACUGUACUCAUACGGGACAUGACCACAAUUAGAGGUACAUUAGCUCAUAGCUGUAGAUCUUUCUGACAGCCGUUUUUCCAAAAAUCCUCAUCUGGCUCUUCUCUUUACAGCAAACACACAAGCUACCAGAGGGUGAAUGGUGAUUUUUGCGACAAGAGGCAAUUUUGUUUUUAACUUAAGUUUUUAUUUCAAUUUCAACAACUUACACAACCAGAUUCACAAUUUUGCCUGCUGUUUUUUCCUCCAUUUUCCCAGCUGUGCCUAUAUGGUUUACAGAUAAUUUAACAAAAGGAAAUUAAAAAACAAAUAAAAAAGGAAAAAAAAACCCAACUUUACUUCAGCUUGAAGUGUUAGCUGUUAUGGUGGUAUAAAUUAAAGACAUGAAUAAAUGUUUUCACGAAAUGAAGUGGUUAUUCCACAAAACGCUUCUGCUUCUGUCCACAAGAGGGCGCCAAAUCGACAAAACCACAAAAGUCGUCUUAAGCGGCUUUAAAGUGAGGCAGAAAUGGUUAUGGUCAUUACAAAUCUUUUAGUCUAGAUUUAUACUAUCAGAAAGAGGUUCAAUUUAGAUUAAAUAAAGGACGAAGGCACGAUAUACAACACCCCAAACCAAACUGAUGAGACUGCUAAUUAUGAUUACAAUCGUAAUUAUAAUUAUAAGCCGUCUGCCAAUGCUAACAAGCCAGGAGCUUAUGAGUGCCUUAUUACACAUCUCUAAUCUAAACGUAAGAUUUUCUUGUGCAUUUUACGUACUGUCUGCAAUAAUUUUGGAAUUGUGAAUAAAACAUUAAAUCUAUAUUUCACGGGAGUGUAUAUUUAACGUGUAUAUCAGAUGAUGAAACAGAAAAAAAAUCCAUGAAGUCCAAGAAUGGACCAAAAGUUUGUACUGUUGCUCAGUUGGCAGAGAAGAAGGUGUGUGUGUGUGAUAUGUAUGUGUGUGUAUGUAUGUGUGUGUGUGUCUCAAGCUGCUCAUAUUUGAACUACUGAGCUGAAAGUCACAUCUGGUCUCUGUAACUAGC